CAUUAACCAGCAGGGAAGCUGGCAAACAAGAUUUAGCAGGCAACGUCCUGCAGCUGACUGUACACAGGCUGGGAUCCAGGACGGCAGGACUAAGCCUACAGGAGCAGCCCAAGCCCACGGGAGCAGCCCGAGCCCACGGGAGCAGCCCGAGCCCACGAGAGCAGCCCAGGCCCACUGCAGCCUGACCUGGCCACACUGGACAAUGACACUUGUCUGGUACACCUGUCUCUUCUGGCUGUCCACCAGUUGUCUCUGGACCAUCCAGGCUCAGGACUCUGCUGCUAAUGUGAACAUCAGGAGCCCUCACCGGGGCCUGGCUCCAACCAACGUUGAUUUCGCCUUCAGCCUGUUCAAGCACCUAGUGUCCCUGGCUCCCGACAGGAACGUCUUUAUCUCCCCUGUGAGCAUCUCUAUAGCCUUAGCAAUGCUGUCCCUAGGCACUUACGGCCCCACGCGGACCCAGCUUCUCCAGGGCCUAGGUUUCAACAUCACCGAGAUCUCUGAGACUGAGAUCCACCAGCGCUUUCAGCACCUCCUCAAUCUCCUCAGGGAGUCAGAAACCAGCUUAGAAAUGACCCUGGGCACCACCUUGUUCUAUGACCGCAGCCUGGAGCCGCUGGAGUCGUUCUCAGCUGACAUCAAGAAGUACUAUGAGUCGGAGGUUUUGGCCGCAGAUUUCCAGGAUGGAGCUAAAGCCAGCAGACAGAUCAAAGAGUACAUCAAGAAUAAGACACAGGGAGAAAUUGAGGACUUGUUCUCAGACGUGGAGAGCCCAGGUGUCAUCCUGGUCAACUACAUCUUCUUCAAAGGCAUGUGGGCGCAGCCCUUUGACCCAGUGUCUCGGGUACAGAACUUCUACGUGAAUGAGACGCUCACAGUGGAGGUGCCCAUGCUGUUCCAGUCAAGCACCAUCAUGCACCUCUACGACCCAGAGCUCGCGUGCCGAGUGGUGAAGCUGGACUACGAGGGCAACGGCACCGCCUUCUUCAUCCUUCCAGACAGAGGGAGGGUGGACACGGUCAUCUCCACGCUGACCCGGGACACGAUUCAGAGGUGGUCUCAGACCCUGACCAGUGGCCAGGUGAACCUGUAUAUCCCGAAGUUCUCCAUCUCUGGAGCCCACGACCUCAGGGACGUCCUGACGGGCAUGGGCAUCGCAGGCCUGUUCGCCAACUGGUCAGAUUUCUCGGGCAUUACCCAAGAGGCCCCAGUGAAGCUGUCAAAGGUGGUACAUAAAGCCACACUGCAACUCGAUGAGAGGGGCAUGAAGGCAGCCGCCCACACUGAGGUCUCACCAGAGCAGAGCUCAGAGCCACACACCAUACUCUUCAACCAGCCCUUCGUCAUCCUGGUCUUCGACGACUUCUCGUGGAGCAGCCUCUUCAUGGGCAAGGUUGAGAACCCAGCCUGAGAGUCGCCCCGGAGCCCUGGCGCCAUCUGACUUUGGGUACCAGGGGCCCACACCAAUGCUCCAGGGAAUGGGAGGUCCCCCACUCUCCUCCGGGUUCUCCUCCAUUCGACCAGAAUUGGCUCUUUCUGUAAGCAGCUUGUAAUAAAUAACUGUCAUUGCUA